CAACAUUUCCACUUGGUAUUUCUUUUUAUUUCUUUCUUUCAAUCACAUUCUAUCUCUUCCUCUUUAUAUCUUAACCGUUCCCCCCUGUCUUCAUCCUUACUCUUUCCUUUCUCUCUUACCUCCACUCCUUCGCUCAAUCUAUGUUACUUCCUCUCUUUCUCACUCUCUCCCUCCUCCCUCUUCCCCCGUCUGUAAUAGCAAAGACGUCAAGAUGGCGCCAGCCACACAACCAAGGAAAUAGCCAACAGUGCCUCUCGUUUACCCCUUCAAUGGAUGAAAUUCGGCUUUAUCUGGCCACUAAAUAAGAUCCAGUCUGUGGCCAGAUAUUUACCCUGGUGCUGUUAGCAUUUGUUUUCGACGGCAGGACGGAAAUGCUAGUUGAAACACAAGUCCAGUUCCAGUCACACUCAUCCAUCCAAUUGAAAAUGAAGCUCCGCUCUUGUUAGCAUGCUACUACUAUUACUAUUACUAUGAUAUUGUGUAGUCAGUUGUAGACCGACUGUGUUGUAAGAAAACCCAAGCUCUCUCAUUCUCCCAUGAUCACACUUACAUACUAAUAGAAAGCUUUAGAAACACACACACACACAUAUAUAUAUACAUAUCCACAUUUACAUGCCUAUAUACGCAACCAUCUUCUGACAUGUUUUGAUUAUUUUAGUCCUCAUUUAAAAAGAAAAAAGCUUUCCUAUAAUAUAUGUAUCUUAGAUGUUAUAUAUAUUCAACGAGCAGCUGGGCAGGUGUCACCCUGUUAGGUACAUAUAUAUAUACAAACACACAUUCAUUGGGAGUGAGAGAGUAACAUGGUCAAGAUGUGGUACUGCUAUCCACUGGGAAGCCAAGAACUGGCCAUUGGCGAUGUGUAGACACACAGAUUUACAUUAUCAAUAGGCACUUACUAAUUAUACAAACAUUCAUAUAUAUACAUACACAUUCUCACUCAUGUAUAUAUAUGUACACAUGUAUGUACAUACAUGUAUAUAUAAACACAUAGGACUUAAUCUCACAUACACUUGUAUAUAAAUAAACUAGGUCUUUAGGGUGGUUAUAUAUAUAUAUAUAUAUAUAUAUAUAUAUAUAUAUAUAUGUAUAUAUAUAUACAUAUAUAUAUACACAUGUAUAUAUAAUAAAUAUAUAUACCCAUCCAUCCAUCUAGCUAAUUAUCGUAUUUACAUUUAUACAUACACAUAAUAUCUAUAUUUAUGGUAUGUAUGUAUAUGCAUAUACAUACAUACCAUAAAUCUGUUCAACACGCCCUGGUGGAUUAUUAAAAGAAAAAAAAAAGGGAAGAAUAUUACACAGUUACCAUCAUCCCCCCAAACAAUAACAAGAAAAUGGGAGCUCAACAGACCAAAGAACCAAGAUCGUCCAGUUCUGGGAAAAGUAAAGUACCGAAGACAAAAGAACCACGGAUCUCCUCUGGAAAUAUUUUUGCAGAGCACAAUGAAGCAAUAUUAAAUCGUCCACUACCUGAUGCACCCACUGAAGCGCUGGGUACUAAAUGGAUGUCCAAAGAAAAUUUACUGUCCAGUCAGACUGAAGAUGAUCCAAACUUGUUUGUGGCUUUAUAUGAUUUCCAGUCUGGUGGAGAAAACCAACUCAGUAUUGUAAAAGGUGAACAAAUGACGAUUCUUGGCUACAACAAAGGUGGUGAAUGGUGUGAGGUAAAGAACAAAGCUGGUGACAUUGGUUGGGUACCAAGUAACUAUAUUGCUCCAGUUAAUAGCUUAGACAAAUUCUCCUGGUACCAUGGACCUAUAUCCAGGAAUGCUUCGGAAUAUUUACUAAGCAGUGGAAUUAACGGCAGCUUUUUAGUUCGCGAGAGUGAAAGUAGCCCGGGUCAACGCUCCAUAUCUGUACGAUAUGAAGGAAGGGUUUACCACUAUAGGAUUAGUGAAGAUUCUGAUGGAAAGGUAUAUGUUACAGCAGACCACAGAUUUAACACGUUGGCUGAAUUAGUCCACCACCAUUCUAUUCAUGCAGAUGGUUUAGUUACUACACUCUUAUAUCCGGCACCAAAACGAAACAAACCGACAGUAUUUGGUUUCAGUCCUGAACCAGACAAGUGGGAAGUGGAGAGGACGGAGAUUGCUAUGAAGCAUCGACUAGGUGGAGGACAAUAUGGAGACGUUUAUGAAGCUGUAUGGAAGACAUACAAUAAAACAGUAGCUGUGAAAACUCUCAAGGAAGAUACCAUGGCUUUAAAAGACUUUCUUGAAGAAGCUGCCAUCAUGAAAGAAAUGAAGCAUCCAAAUUUAGUCCAAUUAUUAGGUGUGUGUACGAGGGAACCACCGUUUUAUAUCAUUACUGAAUUUAUGACCCAUGGCAACUUACUAGACUAUCUACGAGGUAGUAACAGGGAAGAUAUUGGACCAACAGUUCUUAUGUAUAUGGCGACACAAAUUUCGUCAGGAAUGGCAUAUCUAGAAGCCAAAAACUAUAUCCAUCGGGAUCUGGCUGCCCGGAACUGUUUGGUCGGAGAAAAUCACCUGGUGAAAGUGGCUGACUUUGGCCUUGCUCGUCUCAUGAAAGAUGAUACCUACACAGCCCAUGCUGGAGCUAAGUUUCCUAUCAAAUGGACAGCUCCAGAGGGUUUAGCAUAUAAUAAAUUUUCUACAAAAUCUGACGUUUGGGCAUUUGGUGUGUUGUUAUGGGAGCUGGCUACCUAUGGCAUGUCCCCUUACCCUGGUGCUGAUCUCACUGAAGUCUACCACUUACUGGAACGUGGUUACCGUAUGGAACGGCCAGCAGGAUGUCCACUUAAUGUCCACUUGCUUAUGCUGAAAUGCUGGCAGUGGGAAGCCAAAGAAAGGCCUACAUUUAAAGACAUCCACAAUGCUUUAGAAAAUAUGUUUGAAAAAUCCAGUAUUAGUGAAGAGGUUGAAAAAGAAUUAGAAAGUGAAAAGCGCCGAACUCCUGGCUUGCCUUCUAAAAAAGCACGUGCUCAAAGUCUUGAUAGUUGUGAACAUCUAGGAGUUGAAAGUCGAACUAAUACAGGUGCUACCCCUCCAGCUGGUCGACGUGUUCUUCCACCCCUUGAUGACUGUGACAAACGGCAGAUGGAGAUACUACAAAGGAAGUCAUCAAGGAAAAAGAGCCCUGCACCAGUUCCUCCUCAGCGAACAACUUCAUUUCGCGGUCCACCUGUGGACACAGCGUCAGAAAUGGAGUUUGAGCUGAAGAACAAAAUCAAGCAGCAAAAGGCCAAAAUUGAGGCCUCAACCCUUCACGAAGACUCAACUGAGCCUCAGGUCACUUUAGAACUGAGCCAUCCAGAUAAUUACAUUGGCAACAAUAGGUUUACCAAAACUAAACAUUUGUCAUUGAAGGGUAGCUCACCGAAAUCCUUCCGACGCCAUGACAAUGAUAAGUACCAGGGAAGUAAGGAUGCCGACGAUAACUUUCCUCGCCAAAUGACGGAAAGUUUCAAAGGUUCCCAUAUCGAUAAAUCAAAAUACAUAAUCUCAGAUUUAGGAAAUAAAAACCCCAGACCACCACCUGGACAUCUAAACCAUGUGAUUCCAGCAGAAAUCCGACCCGAGCGUCCCAAGAUUGACAAAGAGACGAGCACUAGCGAAGAAAGCAUGGAAGCUGCAGCGGGACAUGGUGGUGUGUACCCAAAGGUUGCCCUUUCUCUACCCCAUAGGUCGUCCAGUUUUAAGAAGGGCAAGCCACUGACAGAUAAUCAAGACUCUGAAGAAACUGUGGAUCAAGAAAAUUUUGUCAAUGUCGGCAAAUUAGAUACGGAUAAUGUGAAGACAAUUAGCCGUUACGGGACUAUUCCAAAGGGGGUGAGGAUUGGAGCAUAUUUUAGGUCAAUGGAAGAUGAACCAAACCAUACUGACCAACGUGAAUCUAGCAUUGAUGAUGUUGAUUCUGGUACUGAUACGGCCAGUGUGACUUCCUGUCCCCCAUUACCGCCGACUGCUGACACACCCGGAGAUAGUGGUAAAGAUGAAGAAAGCAACAAUAUUGGUAUUAAACAGGAGCAUAAUUUAAAGCCUUCUGCAGUUGUUAAAUCUCAGUCUUCUCAAAUGCUUGUUGAUAACCCAAAAUCUUCGUUUACAGGAUUACUUCAGCGUCAAAAAUCUGACCUUACUCAUGGUAAAGUACAAGGAAGCAAACCCGACUUUUCUCCUUCAAAACCUGACAAUGGAAUGCUUUCAAGUAUUUCUCCUGGAGGAUCAAAAUCUGAUGAUAUAUCGGAAUUAAGCAAGUCAAGAAUAAGCCCUCGAUUUUCUCAUGUGUUUGAAGAUAACAAGAAAGAAGAGUUAAAAGAAAACAAAAAGUUCCAGCACAAACCUUUAAAAUCUCCUGAUGAAGGGACAUCUGAACUACGUAGCUUCCAUAAAGUAGGCCAACCAUUCCCCUCAAGGCCCCCCGGUUUGGCCCACGUCAAUGACUCUAGUCCCACGAGUACUGAAUCGACAUUAGUGAGCAGUCCUGACUCAGUUGUGGAGAGAUCCAAAAGUGAUGUCCGUUCACCUCCUCCCAGACCACCCAUCCGUGCACGAGUGUCGUUAGCUGAUACUGAUGACGGCUGUAGGCUGUCAAAAGAAGUUAACGACAACAAUGUACCACCUGCUGUCUUGUCCAAAAUGGCCUCCAAAGUGAAGCUACCGUCUCUGCCCCCCAGCAGUGAGGUGGCAUCCCUGAAACCCACCGGGCGAGAUAUAGACAGAUCCAAAUCAGAUCAGUCCACUGAUCGGUUUAGCUCUAAUUCUGACUUUACUGCCGGGCACUUGACACCUGGCAUUGCUCACAAACCUCCACCAGGUAACCAGAGAGAUGAGCCUCCACCUAAAACUCUGUUUUCUAACUUCCGAUCAGCCGCUCUGAGUCACCGCCACAUUGAUAACGAUACGUCCGACAGCAAAAAUUCACAAAACAAUCAAUCUCUUGAUGAUAACUCCAAAUCUGAAACACCUGUCACGAAGGAUUCAAUCAUAGAGGCAUCGAGCCGGCUCGGAGGACGCAUUGAUUCCUUGGCAACAAGUAGCUCAAAGAGCUCAGGUGAGUUCAUGGACUUAUCGAAACAGGUGCAAACAUAUCACGAAAUGUGUUCCCAGUUCAUUGAUUCCUUACCACCUCACAGCAAGUUCCAGGGACGAGAAUUGUUGAAUCGGUUGCAUCUGGAGUUACAAAAGUUGAAGACGUUGUCAGGAAGCUGUCUGACCAGCAGCAGCUCCAGCUUGUUGAAUGAAAUUCAGUCGACAAAUAAAGAAAUCCUGCAAGUCAUUCAGCGAUGAGCAGCAAACUAGAAAACAGAGAAUUUGGGUUAUGGUUACAAGACAGAAGAACAGACAGCAGAUGGAUGGACUCGCUGAAAAAUUGCUUUUUUUUUUCCUAUUCUCACCCCCAUCAACAUAUACAUCUGUGAAUGAACAAACACACACAAAUACAUACAUAUACAUACAUCUAUAUAUAUAUAUAUAUAUUUACAUAUGUACACGCGCUUUCACACUCACGCACAUACACACACUCGUGCAUUCACCCACAAAUGCGUACUUUGUCAUAUUUUUAUCUUUUCGCUCACUUUCUCUCAUUGUCUCUCUUUUUCCCUUUCACUUCUUCUUUCGCUAUCUUUCUUCUCCCUGCCCCCAGACUCACUUCAAGGCAGCCCCUUUCAGCCUGAUCUGUAAUCUUCAUUUGCUGCAUUAACUAUUUUCAUUUCUGUUGUUGCACAACAGAUCAAUUAGCAUUUGACAUUUUGCAUGGACAGUUGGUUGCAGCUGUCCUGUCCAAGUCAAACACAGACGUUGAUCUGCUGGUUCUGUUGGACAUAUUCCACACCCACUCACUUCUCAUUCUCUCUUUCUUCUCUCUCACUCUCUUUCUUCAUAUACAUACAUAUAUACAUACAUAUAUAUAUAUAUAUAUAUGAAGGACUGGAAUCUUGUUUCCCUACUGUUCCUGGUGUGGUUCAGCUCCACACAGGAGCCUUCCAGAAGUUUGUGCUAACAUUUACAGGAUGUUUGCAUUGUCUGCAAGGAACGGGGCAAGCAAGAGUUCCUUCUAGCCGAACAUUAUAAAUUGCAAAACUUUCCUCGUUUGUUGCUAUGCAACUCACGAAAUCUAUGUUUGACCAAUGGUGAGCAGCUUGUGGACAACUGAACCACCUUUGACUUUUGACCUAGCUGUGCAUUUACCAAUGAGCGAUCCCUCUCUUUCUCCCUUCUCUUUCUUUGUUGCUGUCUCUUUCUCUCUGCCUGUCUGUCUCUCCCCCACUCUCUCUGUCUCUUAACUUUCUGAUGUAAAUUCUAAGAAGUACUUAACUCCCCCCUUUCAAUUCCAAAUCUCUUUCCCUCUCCUUUUUUAUUUCUUCCUUCCUUCCUUCCUAUGGGGGUUUGAUCCCUCUACACCAAUGUUGACUUGACUAAGCUUUUUCGCUGUGUUACAAAGGCUGCCCUAUCUGUUGGUUUUGCGUGUAUGUAAGUGCAUUUAUGUGCAUGUGUGUGUGUAUGGAUGUGCGUGUGCGUAAAUGACAUGCAACCAAAGUAGGAUUCUGCAGUCAACAAUCAGGAAGCUGAAUAUUUCUGCAUUAAUGUUACACCAUGCAAACUAUCAGUAAUUAAAUAUAAUUUAUAAUAUCUGGAAAAAGAAACAAAAAAAAAAAUAAAUAAUAGAAUGUGAAAAAAAAAAUAUAAAAUUGGCAGAAAGCACCACCAUCAAAAAUAAUAAUAAUCCUAACAUGAAUAAAAAAUAUCCAACAAAAAAAAAAAAAAUCUUCAUUAAAUGAAUUCAGAUGAAAGGAAAACUAAAACAAAACAGCAUUUAAAAAAUUUCUUUUUUUUUUUUUUUUUUUUUUGAAACAUGGAAAAAAAGAUGUUCCAGUUAAAGAGAACAAAGAACCAGGAACCCUGUUGAUACAAAUUGUAACUAAAUGUUCUCUUCUUUCUCACCUUCCACACAAUGGCAGGUGUUUCAUGCACACAUGCUUAUAUACACGCACACACAUAUCCAUAUAUAUAUAUAUAUAUAUAUAUGUAUGUAUGUGUAUAUAUAUAUAUAUACACACACACAUAUAUUUACAUGUGUAUGUAUAUGUAUAUAGUGUGUGUAUAUUUAUAUAUAUAUUUGUGUGGAUAUUUAUAUAUAUUUAUGGAUGUAUAUAUUUAUAUAUAUUUAUAGAUGUAUAUAUUUAUAUAUAUUUAUGGAUGUAUAUAUUUAUAUAUAUUUAUGGAUGUAUAUGUUUAUAUAUAUUUAUAUAUAUGUAUGUUAUGUGUAUGUAUGUAUGUAUAUAUAUAUAUAUAUAUAUAUAUAUAUAUAUAUAUAUAUAUAUAUAUAUAUGUGUGUGUGUGUGUGUGUGCAUAUAUGUCUAUAUAUAUUUAUGAGUAUAUGUGUUUAUAUACUUAUGUGUAUAUAUAUAUCUGUGUGCAUAUAUGUAUAUUUAUAUAUAUUAUAUAAUACACAUUAGUGUAUAUAUUUAUAUAUAUGCACACCCAUGUAUAUAAAUGUAUCUCUACAUAUGCAUACAUAUAUAUUUAUGCGUGUGUGUUUGUGUCUAUAUAUACAUAUACGUGUGUAUAUAUGUAUGUAUCUCUAUGCGACGAUAGGAAGAAUGAAGCUUCUUUAAGAUGAACCGAACCUGAACAAUGAAAACCCCCCUCUCCCUGCGCCCAUGGCUCCUCCGUCUCCACCUCCUCCUUUUCACUUUCCCACUUGGCUGAAGUAAUGUGCAACAUACAGACAGGACAACCCUGGUGGUCACCCUUUCUGACACUGCUGGUUGUUUAUAAAGAUGUUUUAAGUGUCCACACUUCACCAGUUUCCAUCUGACUGAUAAAUCUCAGAUGUUAUAAUAAAGAAAUAAAUAAAAUAAAAGAAAAUUAAAAAGCAAAAAAAAAAAAAAUUUAGAAAUGAAAUGCAAAAAGACAUUAAAGAAAAAUAAACAAACAUUAAUGAUAAUACUAAUAUUAAUGAAAAAUGAUGAUAAGAAAUUAAAUUAAUAAAAUAAAAAUUCUAAAAAAAAAAAGAAAACAAUUACUAAAAUUCUAUUUAAAAAAAAAAAAACUACAAAAACAAAACAAAAGACAUUUUUUCUUCCUGGGAAUGAAAUAGAAGAUUGGGGUGAAAUUAAAUAGAAUUUUCAAAGAAAACAAAAGGGAAUUGAACAGAAAAAUAAAAAAAAAUUAUUUAAAAAAAUAAAGAAAUCCUUAAAAUUCA